CCGUAUCCUACUUAUACUCCUGCCCUCACAUCAACGUCUCUCGUCCGCCCCCUGACAUCUCCUCCGACAUCUAUCUCACACUCCUCCGUCUACAGACAUGCAGGUCCCAGUGCACGCAAGCAGCUUCGUCAUUGGCCAGCCUAUCAACCCGGUCUCGUGGCCGCGCAAGCUUCCCAAGCCGACGUACAUCAGUGUUAAUACUGCUCGUCGCCCUGCAUCAGCCGAUUCUACAUGCACCGUCUCAUCGACGGACUCCUCCCCCGUCUCUCCCCUUCCCUCGUCCCCUUCGACCUCGAACCUCCACUCGUCGCAGUCGCGCUCCGAGACUGAGGUACAGCGCGCUGUGUCGCGUCUGCUCAGUCUUACGAAGCAGCUGCAGGAGGUCCUCGUCCGCUGGGCGAAUGGCGCUGCAUACGAAGAAGAUGUCAGCGAUGCGUUUGUUCUCGUCGGCAGUCAAUUCGAUGCCACAGUACACGCCUUCUACCAUGUCGGCGUUGACAUGCGUGAUCUAUACGAUGUCCCCGUGACUCUCCGCACAGUCCUCGAGGGGCUGCUUGCCGAGUACCCUUCCCCAGAGACGCUCGAACGUCAUAUGCCCGAGAUCCGCACAGCGCUCGUCAAGCUCCUUCGUGGUCUUCAGGCGAAGCAAGCACCGUAUUGGGCCUCGGUAUCUCCGUACGCGCCUUCCACAUGUUUUUGACCGUCAUGGGGCGCACCUCGCUGUUCCCCUCCAUCGCUACCACCCCUCCACGGGGGUGCGAUACCCCGCUGUAUAACAAGGACGCCUCCCUCCGGCGACGACCACCAUAACCGCCGGACAUCGAUGCGCAAAACCAAUGCUGUAUCAAUAGUACCAUCGGGAACCACUUGGGAUCUGGACAUAGGACGCGCGCAGCCCUUGCCUUUGCGUGCACUCGUACUCCAUCCGUCUUGGACCCUGGCUCCGCCAACCAUACGAUAUGCGACACCUUUGGGGCCUAUUGCUUUACCUUAAUUUGUUCUUGCAAUAUUCCCUUGUCGCAGUUAAUUGAUCUUCCUCUUCUGGACGUCGCCUUCUCGCCCCGCCCAGAUCCAGACCGGAGCUGUUCUUCUAGCUUUCCGCCUUGCGAUUUCUUCUCGCUUUCUUCGUUACACAAGCUCGCACGUACAAUCGCCGCAUAUUAGUACUCGUACAUCGCAUCAAGCUCUGGUCCCCAUUCGCAAUCGCAAGAUUAUCUUCGCAACUCUGCAACCGUUCCACACUGUACCAAUACGGUAUCCACUCGACUCGAUCGCUCCUUGCUUCGUCGUCUCGAUAUUAAUCGCUCUACAAAUAUCGCACCCUCGUUAUCACAAGAUCAACUUGCUUUGCUUCUUUAUCGGUCGACAACCGUCGGCAGCCUUACAACGGUCUUUACUUACUGCUUCCUACCCCUAUCUGGCACCAUGGUCGGCGGUGUACAUAGUGUACAAUUUGGACUUUCCAUUGCCUUUGGUGUAAUAAUCCGAACGCGCAUAAACAGCGCAAACAGUUGAUCAUCAAUAAUCCCAUCUCCCGUUCGAUUCGUGCCCGCAACUGCGCCUGGAGGCGUAUCCACAAGUUCCACCGGAAUCAUGGACGGUGGGACAAGGUUCAGUCAAACGUCGAAUUGGCCGUCCCACAGUCAUUAUGCUCCAGACAUCUUGUUCCCGCGGGAACACAGCGAAGAACGGACGGGAUGACGACGAGAACGUCUCCGCGGAAAGUCGACGCAACGUUCGACGUCCAAUGCCGGUGGGUCGCCCGUCGCGCACGCACGGCGCUCUUGUUGUAUUCCACGCGUCAUCUACUGCUCCGCGGGAGCGAGGGUAACGACGGCGGUCGCCUCAGACGCAGGCGCGCGGCCCUCGCGACUUGCCUUCGGCGGACGUGAUUGCGUCCCUGGCCACACAACCUUCCGAGUCGAGUCAAGAGUACAAGGACACGGAGGGC